UCUGAUUCGCAGACCGACAAAUGUUCUUGGUAGUCUAUGAGAAAUGAACAUGGUGCCAAUCCAAACUUAGUCUUGAUAUCUAAUUCACUCUCUAUUUCAAAAUAGGCUUCUUUCCAAACAUCAUUUUAACUUUACAAAUCCUCACAAAAUGCAGGGAGAUAUUCUGCCUGCUUAUCGGGACUUUUUUGAGAGAGCUGAUCAUUUUUAAAAAUAGGUAGGCCUAGAUCAUGAGGCCUAAUAUUUAAACUUUACAAAUCUUAACAAAAUGCAAAACUUUAUGAGGCCUAGUGUUAUUUUUUUUCAAACCUUAGGAAAAUGCAUUGAGAUCGGUCUGUCAAGUAAAACCAUAAAACGCAAAAAGGUACUAAAUUAUACUGAAUAAAAUUAAAUAUUUUAAUAUUCGUCCAUAUUCUUUAAAGACAAAAUGAAGCUCAAGCUUUUUUAAAAACUGUGUUUGUUUGCGAAGGAUAUUUAACAUUAAAAAAAAGAUUUAAAUAACAGGUCAAAUGCAACAGAUAACUUGAUAGCUUUACAACCACUGUAUUUUUUUCCAGAAUUAUAAAACAAAUUGAAGGUUUAAUGUUUAAAAAUGUAUGGUUGGGUUCUCUCGUUGUUGUUGUUAUCAUACAUCAAAUAAUCUUCCAAGGAUGUUGCGUCCUGAAAGAUAAAAAGUAGACUAUUCAUUUUGCCACACAUUGAGUGUCUAUUUGGUUUCAACUCUGCAUAACAGGUUUUGUAAAUUGCCGUGUUACAGACCCAGUCUUAAAAUUUGGGACUAAAAUGGAAAUCUUUGACGUGUACCACCAAUUUGUACACUUAACCAUAUUAACAAAUAGGAAUUAUAGUGAGAACUGCUAGCUCUUAAUCUAAUCUCCCAUAGUGUAUCUAGUAACAACGCAUUCAGUAAAUCAUUAAAAUUUGUUUGGCUUCGAGGUCUGUACCAUGCUAACGUUUAGAAUACAAAACAUUUAAUAUCAUGGAUUUAGCUGUUCAAGUUAUCAAAAAUCAUUGAAAAUCAAUAUUAUUAUUCGUCUCAAGACCUUAAACUCUGUGUAUCAAUCUGAUACUAACUUUAGCCUCUAGAGCGUCCACAAGAUAUUUCAAAGUGAUCAAGGACCAUAACUCUGGCAGUAAUUAUCGGAAAUCGUUGAAAAUCAAUUGGCUUCUUCGUUUCAUGACCUUAACACUGUGUAUGAAUUUAAAGUCAAUCGGAUAUUAAAUAUACAUUAGGCAAGAUCUAAAUCUGCCUAUUGCAUGUCUUUCUUUAGGUCGGAUAUGUUAUCUAAAUUAUUAAUUAGACAUUAAUUAACUUAUCCAGACCAUAAUCAAUUCACGAUGUCAACGCUAGCCUGCAAUAUUUACUCAAUUAGGAUCCGAUUUGCUGCUCAACUUUCAUUUAUGAUUUAAUCAUGAAAUGGAUAAUCGAGAGUAUGCUUUUUCUUCAAGACAUUGCUUAUUAGGAUUAAUCUAAUCUUUAUUUCGCAGUUUUAGAAGAUGUUUUUAAAUUUAACAUGCAAGCCCAUAUUUUAUAUAUUAAUUUAGUUUAAUAUGGUGUGUGACGAUGAUAUCUUAAAAAAUAAUGCUAUUAUGUUGACGUUCCUGGGAGUGGUAUUCGGGUCAACCAUUAUUGGUAACCUCGCCGACAGAGUUGGUCGUAAACCGGCAUUGGUUAUAAGUAACAUCGUGUUUGUCACUUCUGCUUACUUACUGGUUUGGUCACCCAAUUAUAUUUUCUUGGCGAUUGCUAGAUUUUGUGUUGGAAUAGGAAUAGGAGGACAGGGGAUAACUACCUUUAUUUUAGGUGUGGAGAUUGUUGGACCUUCUAAAAGAAGAUUUACUGGAGUGAUGUGUAACUUCAGUUGGUGUUUGGGUAUUUUCAUGGUAGCAAUGUUAGGAUAUUAUAUUAGAACCUGGCGAUACCUACAUCUAGCUGCAGCCAUCUUGACAUCACAGCAGUUAUUCUACUAUUUCAUGGUAACGGAAAGUCCACGUUGGUUAUUAACACGAGGUCAACUUGAUAAGGCACAGAAACUAAUCAAGAGAGCAGCUGAUGUCAAUAAAACGAUUGUAAGCGAUGUAGUACUAAACAACUUAAGAUUACCAGAACAGCCUCCAACAGCAAAUUUCUGGAAACUUUGUUCAACACGAAAACUGACAGCAAGAACACUUGCCAUUUAUUUUGUGUGGUUUACAGUGAGUGUCACGUAUUUCGGUAUAAUGCUAAAUUUAAAGUUUUUGGUGGGAAAUAUAUAUCUGAAUCUAUUUCUGACAGCCAUCAUUGAAGCAGUUUGUUAUACAAUUGUUACAUUAGUAAUAGAUAAAUUAGGAAGAAAGAAACUGAUAUGUGGAUGUUAUUCUCUACAGAUUAUAUCAUUAAUAGCUGUAAUAUUUAUACUACUAUACGUACCACCAGAUCUGAACUGGUUGAUGACAUUAUUUACCUUGAUUGGUCAGUGUGGAGCUAUAAGUAGUUUUGCUAUAGUUUGGUUGUGGACAAGUGAACUUUUCCCGACAGAAUUAAGAAAUGUUGGAACCGGUACAGGUUCCGCUUCAGCACGGGUAGGAGCUCUUGUUGCACCAUAUCUAGAAUUAUUGAGUAAAUUAGUUCCUGGAAGAUUUAAAGAGGUUUCGCCAUUUUUAAUUUUUGGCAUUAUUUGUAUGGUAGCUCUAGUUCUAAUGGUCUGUGUCCUACCUGAAACAAACAAACAAAAACUACCAGAUACUGUGGGUGAUACAGAAAGAUUGAAACAUGGGUUUGGAGAAACGAGAGAUAUUAUGAAUGGGAAAGAUGAAACGGUUGAAAUGCUUGGUACAGAUUCUAAAUGUUGACUCUCGAAUUUGCAUGUUUAUAUGGGAGAUAUAGAUUCCUUUGUUUUGUAGUAUUUAAAUAAUAUACGAGGGCAAUUCAUUCGACAAUUACUAGUACAAACUAUCUAUAAGUGUAUCUAUAAGUUAUGCAUGGAUAUGAAAAUAUUUCGAAAAUUGAAUACAAUUGUUUUAGCGGUGGAUGGAGUUUUCAGAUCAAAGAAAAUUCUGUAAAAGAAAGAUGGAGACGGUCAAAUUAUCGCUCCAUUUGAUUAGAAGAAAUGGCUGUUAUGUUAAACGAAGAUUUUAUAGAAUAUUAGAUUACAACUUCCAUUGAUAUCUCAAUCUGAUUAAAAAACAGAUCCUAUUUCGUUUCGUUUUUUAUAGUUCAAAAUUUCGUUUUACUAGUCUUUAAUACACUAGGAUCUGGAAGAGUUGUUAUAAUUGACGUUUUCUGGAUGAUGUGAGGGUUUAGCCAACGAAUCGGUCUGUUACAGCGAGCUUUUGGCGUGUGCUGCAGUCAAAUGUGGGG